GAUAAUAGUAGAGAUAGAUAAGAAGGGGUUCGGUGAACGGAUAUCGCAUUGUCGGAAAGUGGUAUCCGCGAAGGUAUAGACAUUCGGGGUGUCUCGCUCUUUUAUAAAAUUUUUCUUUUGUCAUUUAACACACGGGUAUGACUUAGUCGUACAAUUUUUUUAUGAGUUGUUUAAAUACAAAUUACUUUUCAAAAUAUUUGUGACAGAAAAUUUUCACGUGACAUUAAAUAAUUAACUGUGAUAAUUAAUUACUUUACAAGAUGAAAUUAAAAAGGGCUCAAAUGAUCGUGCUGCAAUUUACACUUAAACUUUGCACGGUCAGCGGCUGCUGGCAGCCGCUUAGAUGGACGACGAUGUCUGCACGUAUAAUAUAUGACAGUUAUAGAGUAUUGCUAAUUUGCUUAAUAAGUGCAUUUACGAUGUCACAAUUUAUAAACAUUGCACUAAACAUUGACAACUUCAACGAAAUUAGUGACAAUAUAUAUAUGAUGUUGACGGUAUUUAUCGCGACAUAUAAAUUAAUUUCUAUGUGGAUAUCUAAAAAACAUGUCACAACAAUAAUCAAUAUUUUUACGGAGAAACCUUUUAAACCGUUGGAAUCAUCUGAAGUAAUGAUUCGACAAAAAUAUGAAAAAACGAUAAGGCAAGUAUCAGUACCGUAUAACACAAGUAAGUGCAUCAAUCAUGAUUCAAUAAUUAAUUUCUGAAUAAUUUGGAAUAUCAUUGAUUUACUUAAUACGUUUAUAGCAAUACUUCAGAAUAUAAACAUAUUUUUAUAUUUUAUUUAUUUAGUUUAUUAUCACACACAUAGUAUAUUGUGUUUGGCACAAUUUAAUCAUUUUCUGAGCAUAAUUAUUUCACAUUCAUCCAAUGCUUGUAAAUUAUCAAUACCUCAUAAACAACAUAUAUAUAAAUAGAGUAACAUAAUUCGGGGAGAAUAUGGUAAUGUAAGUAACAUACGAGUAAUCGCUUUAAAGACACGUAUACGUAACAGUUUUUUACAGCCCUUAGAAUAUUUUUACAAGAAACAUAUUUUAUAGGAAGUACGCGUUUUGGUAUUAUGGCCUUGUUCAGAUAACGGUCAUAUGCAUAAUUAUAAACGCCUUCGCAAUGGAUUUUAUGACAGGAAACUUGACGUACAAAGCAUGGGUGCCAUUCGACUACAGGCCAUCCGUUAUAUUUUUUUUUGUUUUCAUUCACCAAUUGAUAGGUAUGAUAAUCGCCGCGGCUGUAAAUGUUGCCUGCGACAGUUUGGUAUCCGGUCUCUUGCAAGAGAUUUGCUGUCAGCUCGAGAUUCUGGAAUAUCGAUUGACGAAAAUUUUUCAUGAUCAAAAUGUUCUUCAUGAUUGUGUACGCCAUCACAACCGUAUAUAUGAAUGUGCGUACAUGGUAAAUGGGAAAUUUGCAAAGAUAAUUGCUAUUCAAUUCGCAGUAAGCAUGCUAGUAGUGUGUGCUAAUUUAUACAAAUUGGCUUCGAUUUCUCUGGCGAUGAUAGACGGAGGCCUUCUUACAUUGAUAUUGUAUACAUGUUGCAUGUUAUCACAGAUCUUCCUGUAUUGCUGGUUUGGAAAUGAACUCAAGUUAAAAAGCAUUGGAUUAGCAAACAGCAUAUACAAUAUGAAGUGGGCGGACCUGGAGAAUAAGAACAAAAAGGAUCUCUUGCUAAUCAUGAGGCGAUCGAUGGUUCCCAUUGAAUUUAGUAGUGCAGUAAUCAUCACGUUGAAUCUUGAUUCAUUUGGGUCUUUACUUAAAGCAUCGUACUCGGCUUAUAAUGUAUUAAAACGAUCACAGUAGAAACAUAAUUGGUAAUCAAAGAUUGUUCUUCCCUGGCGAAAAUAGAAAGUUUCUUGAAGCAUCAUACAAGUGUCUAACGUUCCGAUGUUCUACUCUACACUUUAUUAAGAAUUCGAUUACGCAUUAUAACUCUUUUCAUACGUUUUCUUUACGUUUCAAUGUUCCAAUUUAAGCUUUGUGCUUUAUUUUCACUAGGGUUAAUAAUUUCACGAAGCGAUGUACAAGAUAAGUUAAAAAGCAAAAGUUAAUAAAUUAACAUAUUUCGUUGAUAUUAACUAGCUUAUUUUUACACAGUGAAGUGUUUGUGAAAGUGUUAUAAUAGUACGUAAGGGGAGUAGAAAGGUUUAAACAGCCAAAAAUUAGCAUAAAAGUGUGGCUUUCAAAGAAUAAAUAAACAUAAAUAAAUUUUCUGUCUUAUCGUUAGCAUGUUUUAAAUGCUUUCUUAAGGAGGGAACCUCAUGUAAACGGCCGUUUCUUCUCAAUUCUUUUUUAAAUGACAAAAUUUAUUGAAUCUAGUCAAAGUACAUGAUGAUAUUCACUAUUUAAGCUAAUUCAAAAAAAUUUUUUUGUGUUGAAAAAUUUUAAAUUUUUGCACAGCAACUGUUUGAAGUUGGCUCCUUGAAUUUGCGCCGUGUAACGCCAAGGUCACAAAAUUAAUAUGAAACAAAAAUUUCAAGAAAAUUUUAUUAGCUUAUGUAAAAAUGCACAGCACAUACCUAAAUAAUUCAUAAAAUAGCAAAAACGGCGACAUAAACAAAAAAAAAUAUUCUUUUUUUAAACAAUUAUUGUUUAAAGCAAAAUAUUAAUGAUCGGAUAGGUAUAUACUGAGGCAAGAUAGGUAUAUACUGAGGCAAGAUAGUAGAAGAAUAUGUAUAUAAAAUUUGAAGAUAAUUGGUCAAGUUUUUGAAUUACAUUGCAUGGCGCGUAAAAUUUAGCAUUUUGAGAAAUAUACGUUUAAAAUUUUUGUAAGGAAAAAAUUAUGAAAUAUUGUAAUCAAUUUAAAA